CAUAUUGGAACGGGGUGAAAACAUAAAUUGUAUCGUACCUAGUGUUCGAUGUAAUUCUCAAGACCAUGGAAGAUUAUGCUCCAAGCCGUUAUAAAAUAUUGGAAAAAAUCGGAGAAGGUGUCCAUGGAUGUGUGUUUAAAGCAUUGGAUUUGCAUCGCAAGUGUCCGGUGGCAAUUAAAAAAGUCGCUCUGAAAAAUAAAUUUGGCAAUAUAUCCUUGAAUACUUUAAGGGAAAUAAAAACAUUACAACUAUCGAAAAGUGAAUAUAUCAUUAACAUAAUUGAUGUGUUUCCCGAUGUUAUUGGUUUGUCGCUGGUCCUAGAAUAUAUGCCCGAGACUCUAUAUGGCAAACUGAAAAAUGAAGUCAGUCCCUUGAGUAGACAGCAGGUGCGAAAAUUCUCUCUAAUGAUGCUAAAGGGCAUUGAAUAUUUACACAAAUUAGAUAUAAUCCACAGAGAUAUUAAACCAGCCAACCUUUUGAUCAGCGAAAAUGAAAUCCUCAAAAUAGCAGAUUUCGGUUUGGCACGUCUGUACUUUCCCGAAGAUGAGGGACGGCUGUAUUCACCACAGGUUUCCACUCGAUGGUAUAGGGCUCCGGAAAUACUGUGGGGUAGCCAAAAAUAUGGCCCUCCCGUAGAUAUGUGGGCAUCUGGUUGUGUUAUAGCCGAAAUGCUGAGAGGCGUUCCAUUGUUUGCGGGCACGACUGAUAUUGAACAGCUGGCUCUUGUGAUACGCACUUUGGGUACACCCCGGCUAACCGAAUGGCCAGAAUUGACUUCUCUACCGGACUAUAAUAAAAUAAGAUUCCCAAAUGCUGUAGGUAUGCACUGGGAUAAUCUUUUUCCAAGCUGUACAUAUGCUGCUGAAAUUAACUUGGUAUCCAAUCUUGUGGUUUAUAAUCCAAAAAAUCGGCUAACGGCUGAAGAGGCCACAAAACAUGAAUACUUUCAAAGGUAGAUAGAAACGAGUUCAAUAAAAUUUUAUUAUUUUACUAUGGAAACAAUGGUUAUAUUUAAUAAAACAUAAAUAAUUAU